UCAGGUGGAUAACCAAUUCUACUCCACAGAUGACCUGCCCUUCACCUUCAAUCACUUGAAUCACUUCCAGACACGGCAGACUUUUUGCCUUCUCCUUUGUAUUCCGUCAAGGGCUUGAUCUGUUUUCAGAGCUGCAUAUGGAACCCUAGCACCAGAGAAAUCCAUGAAAUUCCACCCAUUAGGAUAAGGAGUCCAACUUUUGCCUUCGCAGUAGGAGACACUCAAUUGGAAUAUGUAUCCUUCAACCUUUUAGGGUUUGAUCCAGCUGCUUCCGGCGGGAAACACAAAGUCCUCAACAUAACCGAAGUUUAUAAUUCUGAUGAUGAUGAGUUCCACACCCAGUUCAAGGUUUUGACCCUCAGUGAGGGCGGCGCUGCCUCCACUUGGAGGGAUAUUGAUCAGUCUUCUGUUAAUAGUCAAGUAGACACGUUCUUAUAUAAGAGGAAUAGAGGCUGUUGUAUCAAUGAUAUCGUAUAUUGUUUAGGUAAUAUAGGGUACCGCUUAGGCAAAUAUGUGAUACUGUCUUUCCAAGUUGGGGAUGAGAGUUUCGAAAUCAUGCCACUUCCACCAGGAGCCACCAGAGAUUGUUUUUUCACAAUACAAGUAAGAGAUCGUUUGGCUCUCAUUAAUUCUAAGGUCACCGAAAUUUGGAUACUAGAAGACCGUCACAAGCAACUCUGGAAUAAGCACACUCUCAAUGUCCCACCUAUGUUUUCCGACGCGAAAAAUCCUAUAGAACCGAUUUGUAGUAUUGGAAAUGAGAUUUUAAUUCAAUAUCUCAAAUCAAAGUUCUUUUAUUAUGAUCUGGAAACGAAAACAACAAGACAUGUCCCCAACUUAUCAAAAUUGGUGUCAUCAUCUCACCUCAUCUUCACCAGCUAUGUGGAAAGCUUAUACCCAUUGAAGGAAUCCACGACUGUGGACGUUUCGGUUGAGUGUGCGGGGAUGUUGGAGAGGCUUAUGCUGGCGCAAGCGCAGGAAUGUGUGUUUGAGAAUACAAUUGCCAAGGGAAGCAUCCCUGGUCUCUGUGCAAAAAUCUAUAGGCUGCUCAAGGCGGCCUUGUUUUAUGCCGAGGCAUGCUAUAGAUAUAGUUUAGAGUUGCAUGAGAAAGAAGAAGAGACUGCUGAGGAAAUUGCAUGCUUGAAGAGUGGAAUUGGUGCUUUAUCUGAGGCAAAGAAGUCAUCCUCAAAGGUGGAUGCACAGCAGCUUUUGGAUGCAAUGAAUAAGUUGGAAGCCACUGUAAAUCGAAACCUGGAGAGAGCUAUGGAGGAGAAGAUGUUGGAUGCAAGCAAGGAGAAGAUGUUUUCAAGUCUUGUUCCUGACAGCAGUGCAAAUGCUCUUUCUAGAUACACUGAAAUGGUUGAUGACAUUAUCCAAACACAAGCUGAGAAAUUGCAACACAAUGGGGUUUCUCUUCCGCAUGAAAAUAAUGGGGUUUCUCUUCCGCAAGAGAUUAUCUUUGGGAUACUGAAAGAAAUUCCUGCGAAAAUAUUAUUGAGAUUCAGGUGUGUUUCCAAACUCUGGCUCUCCAUAAUUAAUGAUCCACUCUUCAUUGAAUCCCACCAUAAUCGGUCAAUCAAUCGGCCCAGUGGCAUCAACCUUCUAUUCGUGAAAUUACCAAUAUAUGAGGUGGAUAACAAAUUCUACUCCACAGAUCCAGAAGGCAGGUCAGUCCUUCCCCUUCAAUCACUUGAAUCACUUCCAGACACAGCAGAGUUUUUGCCUUCUCCUUUGUAUUCCGUCAAGGGCUUGAUCUGUUUUCAGAGCUGCAUAUGGAACCCUAGCACCAGAGAAAUCCAUGAAAUACCACCCAUUAGGAUAAGGAGUCCAACUUUUGGCUUCUCAGUAGUAGACAAUUCAUUCAGAGCUGUAUCCUUCAACCUUUUAGGGUUUGAUCCAGCUGCUUCCGGCGGGAAACACAAAGUCCUCAACAUAACCGAAGUUUAUAAUCCUGAAGAUGAUGUGGCCCACACCCAGUUCAAGGUUUUGACCCUCAGCCAGGGCGGCGCUGCCUCCACUUGGAGAGAUAUUGAUCAGUCUUCUGUUAAUAGUCAAGUAAACAUGUUCUUGUAUGAGAGGAAUAGAGGCUGUUGUAUCAAUGAUAUUGUAUAUUGUUUAGGUAAUAUUGGUAACCGCUUAGGCAAAUAUGUGAUACUGUCUUCCCAAGUUGGGGAUGAGAGUUUCGAAAUCAUGCCACUUCCACCAGGAGCCGCCACCAGAGAUUGUUUUUUCACAAUACAAGUAAGAGAUCGUUUGGCUCUCAUUAAUUCUAAGGUCUCUGAAAUUUGGAUACUAGAAGACCAUCACAAUCAACUCUGGAAUAAGCACUCUCUCAAUGUCCCACCUAUGUUUUCCGAUGCGAAAAAUCCUAUAAAACCGAUUUGUAGUAUUGGAGAUGAGAUUUUAUUUCAAUUUCGCAAAUCAAAGAUCUUUUAUUAUGAUCUGAAAACGGAAACAACAAGACAUGUCCCCAACUUAUCAAAAUUGGUGUCAUCAUCUCACUGCAUCUUCACCAGCCAUGUGGAAAGCUUAUACCCAUUGAAAGAAUCCACGACUGUCGAUGUUUCGGUUGAGUGUGCGGGGAUGUUGGAGAGGCUUAUGCUGGCGCAAGCACAGGAAUGUGUGUUUGAGAAUACAAUUGCCAAGGGAAGCACCCCUGGUCUCUGUGCAAAAAUCUAUAGGCAGGUUGGACUCUAUUAUGAGGAAGCUUUGGCAGCGCUGAAUUUUGCACCUGUCAGCCAGCAUUUUGACAGGGCAUGGAUAACUCAUGUGCAGCUCAAGGCGGCCUUGUUUUAUGCAGAGGCGUGCUAUAGAUAUAGUUUAGAGUUGCAUGAGAAAGAAGAAGAGACUGCUGAGGAAAUUGCCCGCUUGAAGAGUGGAAUUUGUUCUUUAUCUGAGGCAAAGAAGUCAUCCUCAAAGGGGGACGCACAGCAGCUUUUGGAUGCAAUGAAAAAGUUUGAAGCCACUGUAAAUCGAAACCUGGAGAGAGCUAUGGAGGAGAAGAUGUUGGAUGCAAGCAAGGAGAAGAUGUUUUCAAGUCUUGGUGCUGACAGCAGUGCAAAAGCUCUUUCACUGAAAUGGUUGAUGACAUUAUCCGAACACAGCUGAGAAAUUGCAACAAGGGAGUGAGCUAACCCGAGUGAGGCUCAAGGAAAUGGACUUAUCUGAUUCAAUUCUUGCUUUGGAAGGGAACUUCACCCUUCCAACAACUCUUAAAGAAGAUGUUGAGGCAGUGCAAAUUUGUGGGGGCCUA